UUUCUCCGCUACAUAUUUAAACUCCCUCCAAAACCAUCAACUCACAACAACAAAGAAAAAACUGUUUCUUGAAACCAAAACCCAGUUUCAGUUCAUCCAUUCAGAUUGAUUCUUGUUCUUGCGAGAAAAAUGUCUCCUGCCUGUGCCGUGUCGGCAUCUUACAUCCCCAUUUGCAAGCUCCCCAACGACGAUCACAGUAUUCCGAGAGAGAUGAUUUCCGGUCAAAAACAGAGCAAAUUGAGCCGGCGAAAACUGAUGCUGACUUCGACCGGGCUUACGCUGAUUGGAGGGCCGGCGGCGACAGCAGCAGUGGAGCCAGAGAGCCCGGGUGAGGCAGCAUCAAGCAGAAUGUCAUACUCAAGAUUUCUCGACUAUUUAGACCAAGAUGCUGUCAACAAAGUGGAUUUGUAUCAGAAUGGGACUGUAGCAAUCGCCGAGAUAUUCAAUCCCGCGCUCAACAAAAUCCAGAGAGUGAAAAUCCAGCUCCCCGGCUUGCCGCAAGAGCUCCUCAGAAAGCUCAAGGAGAAGAACGUGGACUUUGCGGCCCACCCGAUUGAGAUGAGCGUCGCAGACACCAUUCUUGAUCUGUUAAGCAGCUUGGCUUUUCCAUUGAUACUGUUAGGCUCUUUCCUUUUAACAAGAGCGUCUUCAAACACUCGCGGUGGGCCCAACUUUCCCUUCGGACUAGGGAGGAGCAAAGCUAAGUUUCAGAUGGAACCCAACACCGGAAUAACAUUCGAUGAUGUAGCUGGAGUGGAUGAUGCAAAGCAAGAAUUCCAAGAGAUUGUGGAGUUUCUGAGGACUCCUGAGAAAUUUGGUGCAGUAGGUGCGAAAAUACCCAAAGGGGUGCUGUUAACCGGGCCUCCGGGGACGGGGAAGACGCUGCUGGCGAAGGCCAUAGCCGGGGAAGCCGGGGUGCCCUUCUUCUCGCUGUCGGGGUCAGAGUUCAUCGAGAUGUUUGUUGGCAUUGGAGCUUCGAGGGUGAGGGACUUGUUCAACAAGGCCAAGGCCAAGGCCAACUCCCCCUGCAUCAUCUUCAUUGACGAGAUAGACGCAGUUGGGAGGCAGAGAGGGACGGGGAUCGGCGGGGGCAACGACGAGAGGGAGCAGACGCUCAACCAGCUGCUCACUGAGAUGGAUGGUUUUAGUGGAAACAGUGGCGUCAUUGUCAUCGCUGCCACUAAUAGGCCUGAUGUUCUUGAUUCUGCUCUGCUUAGAGCAGGGAGGUUUGAUAGGCAGGUGAGUGUAGGGUUGCCAGAUGUUAGAGGAAGGGAGGAAAUUCUGCAGGUUCAUAGCAAGGGCAAGAAGUUAGGGAGAGAUGUUGAUCUGGGUGUAGUUGCAAUGAGAACUCCGGGGUUCAGCGGGGCGGAUCUUGCAAAUUUGAUGAAUGAAGCCGCCAUUCUUGCCGGCAGAAGAGGGAAAGGCGCGAUUAGUUUGAAGGAGAUAGAUGACUCAAUAGACCGCAUAGUAGCAGGAAUGGAAGGAACCAGCAUGACCGAUGGGAAAAGCAAGAUCUUGGUCGCCUAUCAUGAAAUUGGACACGCAGUCUGCGCGACCCUUACUCCGGGACAUGAUCCGGUGCAGAAGGUGACAUUGAUCCCUCGAGGGCAAGCCCGUGGCCUAACGUGGUUCGUACCGGGAGAGGAUCCAACCUUGGUCUCUAAGAAGCAGCUGUUUGCUAGGAUUGUGGGAGGCUUAGGAGGCCGAGCAGCAGAGGAAGUUAUCUUUGGGGAGCCAGAAAUCACAACUGGUGCAGCUGGAGACUUGCAGCAAGUAACGCAGCUGGCCAGACAGAUGGUUAUAGCCUAUGGAAUGUCUGAAAUCGGACCGUGGGCAUUGAUAGAGGCGGGUGCGCAGAGCAGCGACCUAGUGCUGAGGAUGCUGGCUAGGAAUCAGAUGUCGGAGAAACUUGCACAAGACAUCGACUGCUCCGUGAGGCAGAUAAUAGGGAAUGCGUACGAGAUUGCCAAGAAUCUUAUAAGGAACAAUAGGGAGGCCAUUGAUAAGUUGGUAGAGGUGGUGAUGGAAACAGAAACUCUCAGCGGUGAUGAGUUUAGAGCACUACUGUCUCAGUUCACCCAUAUCCCUUCAGAAAAUGUAAACAUGAAACCAAUCAGAGAAUUGAUUGAGGCAUGAGCUCAUGUACCACAACAUUCCACACAUAUGUAGUCUAACAAUACAAAGUUUUUAGCUUAAUUAUUGAAAUGUAUGGAUGCUUAAGAAGCUAAGAAAUGAUCAACUCUAGCAUUA